CGCCGGGCGGAGCCGCCGUUCGCUGUCAAUCCCCGCAACCGACGGCUGCCUCUUCCCGCAGCCGCGAUGAAUCGCGAUUUCUCCCCACCCCGGGACCGCAGCCUCGAUUCUCCGCCGGUUCCCGUUGAUGGGCGCUCGGCGGAGCGCAGCGCGGAGCGGACGGAGUUGGCGGCUCUGAACGAUCGCUUCGCCGCUUUCCUGGAGAGGGUGCGGGCGUUGGAGCGGCAGAACGGAGCCCUCCGCUCAGCUAUCGGCCGCGCCGCCGCCGCUCCCCGCGCUGCGGGGCUGGAGGAUGAGAUGCAGAAGCGUGAAGAUGCAGAGCAGAGCCUGGUGCUGUUCCGCAAGGACAUGGACGAUGCCACGCUGUCCCGCCUGGAGCUGGAGCACAGGAUUGAGCUGCUGAUGGAUGAGAUCAGCUUCUUGAAGAAGCUGCACGAAGAGGAGCUGUGGGAGCUGGAGGUGAACGCACAGAGCCCACAGGCACAGGCAGGGGCACGAAUGGAGCUGCAGCAGCCGGAUCUGACAGCUGCACUGCGCGACAUCCGCACGCAGUAUGAGAGCAUCACUGUCACAAACCUGCAGGAAGCCGAGGAGUGGUACAAAGCCAAGUUUGCUGAUCUGUCGGAUGCUGCCAACCGUAACUGCGAGGCGCUGCGGGUGGCCAAGCAGGAGAUGAACGAAUCCCAGAGGCAGAUCCAGAGCCUCACCUCCGAGGUGGAUGGGCUGAAGGGCAUGAAUGAGGCACUGCAGCGACAGAUGCAGGAGAUGGAAGAUGAGUUUGGCACGGAGAUCAGGAGCUACCAGGAGGCCAUGGGGAGGCUGGAGCAGGAGAUCCAGAGCAUGAAGAAGGAGAUGGCACGGCAGCUGCACGAGUAUCAGGAUCUGCUCCGUGUCAAGAUGGCCCUGGACGUGGAGAUCGCCACGUACCGCAAGCUGCUGAACAGCGAGGAGGGCUGGUGAGGCAGGGGGAUGUCCUGUGGGGAGGG